GCGCGACGGCCAGGACGUGGGCAGUGCUGCUCCCUCGUCCAGGAAAACGACUGGGCAUUGCCCCCAGUUUCCCCCAAAUUUGGGCAUUGUCCCCGGGUCUUCCAACGGACUGGGCGUUGCCCCGGGACACUGGGGACUGCCUUGGGGUCUCGCUCACCUUCAGCAACGUUCACUGCGCUCCACAGAUCCUCUCCAGCCUCUCUCCUCGGAUCCUUCUGCGCCUGCGGACGCGACCCUCGGCCUUGCGAUACCAAUGGGGAUCCCAGUGGGGAAGUCGAUGUUGGUGCUUCUCGUCUCUUUGGCCUUCGCCUGGUGCUGCAUUGCUGCUCACCGCCCCAGCGAGACCCUGUGCGGUGGGGAGCUUGUUGACACGCUUCAGUUUGUCUGUUCGGACCGCGGCUUUUACUUCAGCAGGCCUUCAAGCCGUGCCAACCACCGUCGCAGCCGUGGCAUCGUGGAAGAAUGUUGCUUCCGCCGCUGUGACCUGGCCCUCCUGGAGACAUACUGUGCCACCCCCGCUAAGUCUGAGAGGGACGUGUCAAAAUCUCUGGCCGUGCUUCCGGACGACUUCCCCAGAUACCCCGUGGGCAAGUUUUUCCAAUAUGACACCUGGAGACAGUCUUUCCAACGACUGCGCAGAGGCCUGCCUGCCCUCCUGCGUGCCCGCCGGGGUCGCAUGCUUGCCAGAGAGCUCGAAGCGUUCAGAGAGGCCAAGCGUCACCGUCCCCUGAUCGCCUUACCACCCAUCGAUCCCGCCCACGGGGGAGCCUCUUCGGAGAUGUCCAGCAGUCAUCAGUGAACCAAAUUGUCUGGUAAUUCUGCAAUGUAAUGCCAUCACUCUGUGGCCUCCUCUUGAGCAGGGACAGUUCCAUCAUGUCCCACACUAAGAUCUCUCUGCUCCACUUCUGUCCCUAGGCUUCUCCCCCCCCCCCCCAUGCCCCGCCUCCCCACAUCAGGCUACUUUGCCCCACAACAUCGGGCAAGCAAACUCUUCAAAACCAAAUCAAUUGGCUCUGAACAACUAAGCCAAAUUGAUUGGCUCAAAACAAAAUCAGUUGUCCCUAAACAACCCCAAAACAAAAUUGAUGGGUUCUAAAGAACCCAAAUAAUUUGAGACCCCCAAAUAACUCUAAAAAAAAAAUCUUUAAAACACAAAGUCCCUUUAAAACAAAUUGGCUUUUUAGAAACACCAGAACUGUUCAUUUAAAAAUUAAAUAACAAAAGAAACCAAUUGGCUAAAAACAUACUAAAAAAUUAAUUGGCUUAAAAACAAUUGGCAAAAUAAAGUAAUUCGGCCCCCCCCCCUCUUCUUCCCAUUUGGAUCUUUAGUCAAAUUGGCUUAGACUUGGAUCUCAGAACCCAAGAAGAAAGGAGGGGGACCCAAAACUUCCCAGGUGGCAUGUCAUGCUUCGGUGCCCUCUCCUUGUCAACACUCAGAUAGGGUGCUUUUAGCUUAAGCUGGCUGAGAACAACACCGGCCACCCAAAUUCUUUCUUCACUGGCCAUUCCAUCACAAAUGUCAUCAUGUCACCACGGGGCUGGGUGAGAGAACCCAAAAGAGGAACAGAGAACAAAACUUAAUUGGCACAAGCCCCCAAGUCCCAAAAAUCUCACUCACUUAUCUGUACCUACCUAAAAAGCACUUUUAUACUCAUCCCCGCAGACACCCAGACAUGCAUUCGCGCGCGCGCGCGCGCGCGCACACACACACACGCACACACACACGCACACACACACGCACGCACGCACGCAUUCACUCACUUACUCAUAUAGGUAUGCACACCCCUCACAAUUAGAUGAGAAGAUUGAAAUUGCUAAAUAACUCCUAUUAGAACCACAUUGCCCAAACCAAGGUUCAUCCCAAAUUCCCUGAGCAGUUUGCAUGGUUUUAGCCUCCCCUCCCAGUCUAUCUAGUUUCUGCUGCUGCUUGUGGGCCCUGUGUAUGACCAGGCUGUAUAUGACCACCUAGGGAGGGAGGUGUUCUUCCAGGGCUCACUUCCAUCUGGGCCAGUGCUCCCCAGCCCCCAUGUGGGCCAAUGCCUAUCCAUGUUAUGCGUUGGCCUCCCCCAGUGUAGAUAAGUUUGACCAGAUAAGGAGAUGGUACUGCCAAGUGAGACAUGCUGCCCGAGUAGCCUGCCCCUGGGUGUGUUGCUAGGAGGAAAGAUCUGGGGGACACCCCCUACCCUGAGCACACCUAUGGGCCAUCUCUGUAAGUCUCCUGGGGAGCCCCUGCCUUUUAGGGGCUCCCCAGGAGACUCACACUGAUGGUGGGGAGAGUGGGAAGUCUGGCGG